AUGAAUCCAUAUAGUUCGAAUCCGGAUGAGAUCCCGGCAAGCGACAGGUACGCGGACUCACCGUUCUACGGCAGGUAUUUCCCGAAGCCGAAUGACUUUCGCGUCGACCUCCAGCAUAUCAACUCCCAUUCUGAAGACUCUCUGAAGUACUGGGCUUCUAUUGUUGCCCGCUGCAACGAAUCCGCCCAGAUAUUCCCCGCAGGUGAAGGUGGCCGCGAUGUCUUCGCUCUUGGUAGUGUUAUCAUUAAGUCGAGCCAUUUGCACCAGGAAAUGGAGAUUGACUACACAUAUGCCGACACUAAUGAAGUGCAAUCUAUCUCUAUUGCUAAGACGGUCUUAAAGGGAGUGAGGGUUCCAGAAAUCUUUUUUUCCGGCAGGAUUAACGGACGACAAGUCCUAGUCCAGGAGAGGCUUCAAGGGGUUGGCUUGAAUAUCGCAUGGCCCUAUCUCUCGGGACAGCAGAGGGACUCGUUCAAAACGCAAGCUCGUGAACUACUCCGGCAGCUGAAUUCUGUCACACCCCCUGGAGAUGUACGGACUCGUACACAUGUGGCUCAAGACCAAAAUAUUCUCACGAAUGGCCGCAUCCGCCCGAUCGAGGCUGAUAUUCUAUUCUCAUCCAAUAUCGAUGACGAUAUGGGCCUAAUGCACAACGACUUCACCAGGUCUAACUGUAUCGUAAACGAUGACAAGAUUGUGGGCUUGAUUGAUUGGGAAAUGGCGGGUUAUUUUGGUUGGAAGACAGCCGCUGAGGUCCACCGAAAGAUCAGAAGUCCACAGAGAGAGCAUUUCGCCAAAGUUGACUUGAGCGAGGAGGAGCUGCUUGAAAUAAUGUCAUGGAACGAUCUCUACGAUAAGGAGUUGGAGAAAAACUGA